UACAACGAAAUCGCGAGAAUAGGCGUAAAAUGGAGUCGGAGCGCGAGCAGAAAAGGGAGCGAUUCUUUGAGGAAUAUUACGAGUUAGAGAAAGGUAACAAGGAGUCAUUUUUUAAUUUUCCGGGGUUGUUCUUUUUGGAUUUUAAUCACAAAAAGAUCAAAUUUCGAUUCACCCCAUCGCAAGUCGUCGAAAACAUCGGAAAAAACAGGAAAUAUUAUUGCUCGUUAUGGUAUAGAUAUAAUAAGUGGUCGAUUAAAUAUGACUCACUUCCUUGUGAUUGUAAAAGACCGAUUUCAAAUCUAUUUGGGGCAACAAACGAUGUAAAAAUGUUAAAAAUCAUUCAUUCGAUUUAUGACAUAUUGGUGAAGUGGAGCAAUGAUUUUCAACGAUUAACGAUAGAACGAUUUGAGAGGUAUCGAGCCGGGGAUUCGGAUAUUGUAUUAGAUACAACGGAGGAAGAACUGUUUUUGGAUAAAAAGGAAAUCGAGGAAAUUCAUCGAGAAAGAAAUAUCAUAUUAGAGCGAAUGAAAAAUCCGAACUAUUAAUUCUU